AUGUCAUCCGGAGGCUUGACUCGGCGACGAGGCGGCGGUCGAGGCGCUGGCGCAGAUGACCAAGACGAUAGCCGGGUCUCCUCACCUGUGCAGAGAAAUGGAUCCGCAAUGGAGAACCGCGGUCCCGAGACCUCAUACACCAACACGGAGAAUGGCCACAAGAUCGCAUUCGACCCUCGUGACCUGAGUGAGACUGAAGAACGCAACAAGCAACCGAAACUUACAUUGAUGGAGGAAGUACUGUUGCUGGGGUUAAAAGACAAGCAGGGCUACCUGUCAUUCUGGAACGAGAAUAUAUCGUAUGCGUUGCGAGGAUGCAUCGUCAUCGAGCUCGCUCUCCGGGGUCGCAUCAGCAUGCAGAAGGAUUCGUCGCGACGACGCUUCCCCUUGGCCGACCGCAUCAUCGAGGUCGUUGACGAUACGUUGACCGGCGAAGUCUUGCUGGACGAGGCGCUAAAGAUGAUGAAAUCGAGCGAGAAGAUGAGCGUCAAUUCAUGGAUUGACCUGAUGAGUGGAGAGACCUGGAACCUGAUGAAGAUCGGAUAUCAAUUGAAGCAAGUGCGCGAACGCUUGGCAAAGGGUCUGGUGGAUAAGGGUAUUCUACGAACCGAGAAGCGCAACUUCUUGCUCUUCGAUAUGGCGACGCAUCCCGUGGCCGACGGGGGUGCCAAGGACGAUCUACACAAACGCGUGCGCAACAUCUGCACCAACCGGACAGUCAUUCUUCCUCCUAGCCCGUGGUUGCCCGAGGACGCCGAAUUCCGCUACCUUCGGACGGUCACCAUGGUAUGCGCUGCAUACGCGGCCAACGUGUUGGAGAACGCCCUGGUCACCAUGAGCCACGAAGCCCGUGAGAGGGCCUUUGCACAGGUGGAUGAACUCCUGGCCGAAUACUCACAAUGGCCGUUUGGUCGCCGGGCGGGCGGCUCGCAGGCCAUUGGGGCCAAUCUGGCCCAGGCGAUCAAUGAGGAGAUCAACCGAGGCAAUAGAGAUCGUGAGCUUCAAUUGGAGAUUGUUGCAGCGUGCCUCAGUGUUUUUACCAGACUUGAUUCUUUACUCUAA